CCACCUGAUGGUUAGGUAGGGUAGGUUCAGGUCCAGUUACUCCAUGACAGAUUAGAAUGGAACACACCACACAGUGAUGACACCUGAACAGUUUGUGGUUUAGUCAUGGUUUGCUAUAAAUAUUUGUUAGGAACCAUAAACUUGUAGCAGUAGCAGGUGAAACUGAUUGUUCGAGAAGAUCAUUUACACAACUUUCCCACCAAUUGGCCUACAUUUCCCAUGAAAUCCUCCUCCCACUUUGACAAGCUGCGAUCACGUUGGAAGCCGCAGCUAGCUGCUCUGCCAAAUAGGCUACUUUUUCCAUCGGUACGGUGCCUGACCAUGGAUUUUGAAUCUAAGAUUUACCCACAAAUUGGCGGCUAUGGAAGAUAUAAUCGCAUUGUGACUAUUUUCAGCUGGUUCCCAAACUUCGCCGUGACACUGAACCUCUUCUGUGAUGUUUUCUAUACUUUGACUCCCGAGUCUUACCACUGUAAACCCGACCCGAGUCUUCUGCCGUCGGGAUUUCUCCCAAGUAACUUUUCCAAACAAGCCUACCUCAACUUUACCAUUCCCUGGGACAAAGACAGUGCUGGACUGAGUCACUGCGAGUUGUACAGGUACUCAUCCAACUACACGAAUAUCACGGACAAUCUACCGAAACAGAGAGUACCGUGCACGAAAGGAUGGGAGUAUGCGAAACCAGCAGGGCUCGAGAGCAACUUUGUAACGGAGUGGAACCUUGUUUGUGGGGACUACUGGAAGAUUCCUCUUCAGCACAUCUGUUUCAUGACGGGCUGGGUUCUGGGCUAUGUUCUUUUAGGCACCAUCUGUGACUGGCUUGGCAGGCGGCGAGCCCUUCUCAUGUCUGUGUCCCUCUCGGGACUGCUGGGAGUGGCGGUGUGCGUGUCCAACAGCCCUGUGGCCUUCCUGCUGCUGAGGCUCUCCCAGGGGUCAAUGUUGGCUGGGGUCUUCCUCUCCUCGUACAUCGCACGUCUGGAGGUGUGCGAUCCCCGUCACCGUCUCCUGGUAUCCAUGGUUAGUGUCUUCUUUGCUGUGUUUGCUGAGUUACUGUUGCCAGGCCUGGCGGUGCUGUGCAGUGACUGGCCAGUACUACAAGCAGUGGCCACUGUGCCCUUGCUACUCAUGAUCUCAUAUUGGUGCUGUCCCUCAGUGUUCCCGGAGUCCCCCCGCUGGCUGCUGGCCACAGGUCAGAUCCCUCAGGCCAAGAAGACUCUGCAGACCUUCUCAGCGCGGAACGGAGCCUGUCGGAGCGAGGAGCUCUUCCCGGGCGAGACCUUGCUCUCAGAGAUAGACUCUGCUUAUGGGGAGGACACAGACACCGAGUACCACAGCGUGCUAGAGCUUCGCCACACGCGAGUCAUCUGGAGGAACGGCCUCAUCCUUGGCCUCACUCUGUUCAUUGGAACAGGCAUCCAGUACUGUUUCACGCGUAACCUGCACAGCUACUCUACCCACUUCUACUUCAGCUACUUCCUGCGCAUGCUGACAGGGGCGCUGGCCUGCGCCUUCCUCUGCCUGACCGUCGAUCGCUUUGGACGUCGCGGCAUCCUUCUGCUGGUCGCCAUAGGAACGGGCCUGUCAUCCCUGCUGCUGCUGGCGCUCACGCAGUACCUGCGAGGAGGGCUUGUGCUGGUUCUCUCUGUAGUGGGCCUGCUGUCGUCCCAGGCCCUUGCCAUGCUCAGUGUGUUCUUCGCCAGUGAGGUGAUGCCCACAGUCAUACGGGGCGGUUGUCUGGGCUUGGUGAUGUCAGCGGGCUGUGUGGGCAUGGCGGCCUCCUCCCUGAUGGAGCUGCAGAACAACGCCGGCUACUUCCUGCACCACGUGGUCUUCGCCUCCUUCGCCGUGCUCUCCAUCCUCUGCAUCAUGCUGCUGCCCGAGAGCAAGCGCAAGCCGCUGCCGGACUCGCUCGCGGACGGCGAGUGCCUGCGGCGGCCGCCUCUCUUCCUGUCGCGCGUCGACCGCGACAGCCUCCCGCUCCUGCGCACGACCCGCGCGCCCACCUCCGACUACAACCCCGACAACUACGCCCGCCUGGUCAGCGCCACCAAGAAGAUGCUGGCCAAAGACACGCUGCCUUUCAAGAUGGCCGCUGUGACGUCUCCACACCAGGUGCUGCUGCUGCCGUCCAGCAAUGGUGUGAUAUCAGGGACCCAAGGAGGGGCCAGAGGACUGGAAAGGGGGGCAAGACAGGACACUUCUUUAUAGCACUUUCUCUAAAAUAAACACCCCUAUCAAAUGCACAUUAGCAUACGGUCCUCUGAUGGAGUCUGCUCUCUUCGUCUCUGCGUCAAAGACAAGAUAGGGGGCGCUCAUCUAGAACAAGGAGGGAGUUCUCUCCACCAGGGGCUCCAGCUGGACUAGCUCACCAGCUUCUCAGGAGAGACUAGAAGGUGCUAUGUGAUAUGCGUGAGCACAGCUGCUUUAACGCACACAAUGCCAGAAAACAGUGGCGGUCAUGCGUUGGAACUGGAAAUGGUUUAAUAUUUUUGUAUGAUUUCCUGAUUUUUAGGCCAAAUGGGAGAUGUACAUAAGUAUGCAUAUGUGUUGAGAAUUUGAACAAGCUGUUAUGUAACAUUGCCAGAAUACUGUAUGUUGUGUUCUUGUCCUGUCUUGUGUGGUAGAAACACGUUCUCGGAGAAUACCUUUUUUACGUUCCUCUCUCUCUCUCUCUCUCUCUCUCUCUCUCUCUCUCUCUCUCUCUCUCUCUCUCUCUCUCUCUCUCUCUCUCUCUCUCUCUCACACAAACAAACACACUCUUUCUUUCUCUUGCUCCUUCUCUUCCCUGUUCCCUCCCUCCAGUGCAGAACUAUUCAGGGCUUUAGCUGCCACAGUCACUUGAGUCCAAUUCCUUGUCCACUUAGGACUGAAAGACUCAUGGUUCUCAUUAGGUGGUGUCUUGUGACAGUGGAGCCAGUAUGCGACGCUGGGCCCUGAUCUAAUAUCUCCUCAUCACUACUGACUUGCUGCAGGAUGCCUUUUCCACAAAGAUGCACAGAAUUACUUCAUCUAUGGACAUGAGCGGGCGGAUUUUGCUGGGGGGUUUCACCCGAAAGACCAAAGACUACUUCAUAUCGUUAAUGUUAACAUUCUCUUGGGUUUACCACUAUGUCAGCCAAUGCCACAUACUAUGAUAACUAUACCAUGCUGUUCAUGUGUGCUUUGUAUGCAUCUGAAACAUCCGUUUGGAGCCAACGGUCAUGAAAGCCGGUAGAGUUACUGGAGCUUGUGCCAAAGGACAGAUUUUCUAUCUCCUGAAGGGAAUACACUGUUUGGGCCAAAUUUCCUGACCAAGCAAAGUUUGCAACAGAUGCCUCUGAUAUCAACAUAACUUUUUAAGCACAGACAAUGCUGUCCAAUAAAAUAAUGAUUACCCAUCA